AGUAUUCCGUUCGUAUUAGCCCUAAUUUCAUCCCCUUUUCAUGUCGUAGGCGGCGGCGGCAGCGGCAGCAGCUGCAGCGGCCACGGAUCUCGAGGCCUUGGCUCUUUUUUUUUUUUUGUUCCUCCUCGUCCCGAUCCCACUCGCCUGAUCAAUCAUCUUGCAGCCCUAGUAGUUUCGAUUCGGCAGCUCUCGCAAAGGUUUAAUUUUUCCGCUCAGUCGAUGUUGUACUUCUUCUUGCAGUUCGAGUUUCUGUUUCAGCGGAAUUGCCCGCCCUCUUCGUACUGAGGAGAGAUUUGGGCGUCUUAUUGAAACUCCUCUUGGUGAGUUAUCCUUGCCGCGGUUGUGGUUGCGGGUUGAGGUUCUUGUCUCGGUAUGAAUUCGGGGGAAGAUUUGAGUACUGGCCUGCGGGGAGAGAAGGAAAAUGAAAACGCAGAAGAGGUACCUCCUUUGGGCGAAAUCGAAAUUAAAUACAAUGGAGUAUUGGACCUUGAGGAAGUUUCUCAUGUUGGUUGUUCAGGUGUUGGAGAUCUAGGUCAGGAGGAGAGGAAUGUUUGUUCAGCUGAAGCGCUGGUGGAUGUGAAGGAAAAUGGUAAUGCCGUAGGGAGAGAACUUUCGGCCAAAUCACCCUCUAAUCUGAUGGGAUCUCCUUCUGUUGAAGAAGACCCUGUAGCGGGGUCAAAGUCGGCACCUUCUAAGGGCUAUGGCCUGAGGAAAUGGAGGAGAAUUAGGAGGGAUUUGAGCAAUGAUGUGGUCAGCACCGCUGAUUCUGCUCAAAUACACAAACGGAGGUUUCUGGUCACUGAUCCAUCAGAAGCAAAUGACAACAGGCAGAAGAACGAUAACCAGAAUGAGGAUGAAGAUUCAGUUGCCUCAUUGGUGUCCAUGAACAUAGGCGGCACGCCCCUUCCAAUGACCCCAACCACAUUAGAUCCAGAAUUUGGCUUAUUAGUUGCAGCUUCUAGUUUCAGUAUUGGAAUAGACUCUGAGAAUAGCGAUGACCAAAGUAGUAAAUCAUCAACAGCAGCAAGUGCCCCAAAGUUCAGGUAUGAAACAAUUGGUUUUGGGAAAGAUAGAAGCAGGGCAAAGGCUAUUGGUGGAAAGGGAUCAGGGCAUGUUGUGCCCCAACGAGGACAACGAGCCAAAGCAGGCAGAUCUGAUGGGAAUAGGAAGCUUAAAGAAAAUCCAGUUAAAAUUGAGAUGGAGAAUUCCUAUUCCAGCAUUGAAUCUGACUUGAGAAGUUCUAAUGCUGCUUUUGUGCACAUAGGAAGUGUAGCUAGCAAUAGUAAGCAGAGUGAGAAAUCUAUUAAUAACAACGGUGAGCAUAGUGUUUCUUCUCGGCGAAAUGAGGAAGUUAGAUUGAGUCAAGUCAGAGAUCUAUCAAGGGAAUAUUUGGAUGCUGAUUUGUCCAGGGAGGUGAAUGAUGCUAAAAAUGCGAGUGGCCAACAAGGGCCAGAGCUUGAUCCCAUUUUUCUUGAGUCAAUUGAUUCUCUUCAAACAACAAAAGAAGCAUUAGAAAAGGAAAUCCAAAAAAUUGAGGAACUGAGGAAAGGCAACACGUUUGAUGAUUAUGAUAGUCAAUAUGAAGACAUAGAGGGGGUUAGUCCCACAAAUAUCGAAGGCAAUUCUGUUGAACUAAAUCAGAAGAUAGAGCAUCUGAAAUGGAAAUUAGGAGAAGUAAUAGCUGAUGCCAAGGUCAAAGAAUUAAAGUUGAACGAACUUGAAGCUGCGAACAAGGAUGUAAGUAGCUCCGAGCUCUCGAUCCUCCAAGAGAAGUUGAAGGAAAUGGAGGUGGAUUUUGAAAACCUGCUUGAAAAGAAGAUUGAGGCAGAAAUCCAAUAUCUGAUGAUGAAAAGAACUACUGAAAGUUGGAGAGUCCUAACAGAAGAUCACAUUGCUCUCUGUGAGGAGAAGAACAUCCAAUCCGAAGAACAAUCAAAGGCUAUGCUCACACAGAAGAAUUUAAAUAACAAGAUUGUCGUGCUCAGUAAAAAAGCUGAAGAGUUAGUGGAAGACCUGUCUAUAACAAAAGAGGCCUUGAGGCUGCAGAGACAAGUCGCCAAGUACUCUUUUUGCCUUUUUGUCCAGAUUCUGAUACUUUGUAUCGCAUUAGCAUUGUUCAUCGCAUACGUGCUGCCACCGCCAUCAUCGCUGUCAAUGGGUGGGAUCACACCGACAUGAUCUCCAAGGAAAAGCCCUUUGUAUUUUUCUCCUUGUUAUUAGAACUUCCCUGUAUGUUGUUGCUCCCAGGAACACAUGGAUUUUGCUAAUUUCCUGGCGUUUCUUUUUUGAACAAGUAGUAUUCUUGUUCUCUUUUUUUUUUUUUUUUUGCCAAGUUUUUGAUAUCGAAACUCAAAUCUUGGGCGUGCCAUUGACUUGCAUUGCAUAGAUGUUUUACUCUUUAGCUUCUGAAAGUUGUUACUUUAAGACUUAUUGUUGUGCUUACAUUACGAGAAUGAGUCAAGAGGAAUGAAAAAAAUAAAUGGAGUUAUUGGAUAU